UCCUUUGUUCACAACUCUCACCCCUACCACCACCUUUGUUUCGCCCCAGUGCCCCUUGCUAAUAACAAGCAUGGCGGAAUCUGUGUCCGAACCCACUGACCUACAACUGUAUUUUUUCUAUAACCGUCUUUCUCAUCCCGACAUGCUGCGACAUGUGCUCUCCCUGGAGAAACGACCCACCCUUGUGCCCGCCUUUAUAGUGAGCUACAAGAUUCAAUAUUGGCUCGCGUGUCCAUGUCUUAUUCGUGAUGAGGACGAUCCGACUUCGAAAGUUAAUGGAUAUGCCUGGUGGGGCCCAAGGUCCUACCAUCCUUUGUUGAAAGAAGAUAUGAUUCCGAACUUUGAUCCCCAUACCACUACUGUGCAUAUUGAAGGCAAAGAAGUUCUGGGCCACACGGCUAUUUAUAAUGGGAUUCAUGAGGGUUUGUUUUCGGAUCCGGAUAUAGCCAUGGGCAGGUUUUACUAGAAUGUCCAUGCAAUUCUAGUGGCGUAGUAUCCGAACCGCGUUUCACUGGCGUUCGUUACAAGCCAAGAGAUACCCACACGACCCCCUUCCUCGUCACCACCACCCGCCUCGUUACCCGUCUUCGCUUUCCCGAAUCCUUAAGAGAUUACGGCAUUUUCUUUCAUUUGUACUUGAUUAUCGCAACUACCCUUGAACAUCAACAAUUACCCACAAUAAUUGCGCUAUGUAUCUCAUCUUGUCAGUAAUGUACAGGACCUGUAGAAUUUGACUCUCAUGACCAGAAAUCGAUGUGCAUUCCAGUGACAAUUGCAAAUACCACGAUGCGAACAGGUUC